AUGGAUGGCGAGAACCGCAUCAUUUUGAACGUGGGGGGCAUCCGCUACGAGACCUACAAGGCCACUCUGAAGAAGAUUCCCGCCACGAGGUUGUCGAGGCUCACCGAGGCCCUAGCCAACUACGACCCCAUCCUCAAUGAGUACUUCUUCGACAGACAUCCGGGGGUGUUCGCACAAAUCCUCAAUUAUUACAGGACUGGCAAGCUACACUACCCCACCAACGUCUGCGGGCCCCUCUUCGAGGAGGAAUUGGAGUUCUGGGGGUUAGACUCCAACCAAGUGGAGCCCUGCUGCUGGAGCACGUACAGCGUCCACAGGGACACUCAGGCCACCUUGGCCAUCCUGGACAAGCUGGACAUCGACGCAGAGCGCCCCAGCGAUGAAGAAGUGGCGCGUAUGUUCGGCUACGAGGAAGCUUACUACGCGGGAACGCUCACCAGGUGGCAGCGGCUCAAGCCCAAGAUCUGGGCGCUAUUCGACGAACCCUAUUCGUCCUCCUCCGCCAAGAUUGUAGCCGGCGCGUCGGUGUUUUUCAUAUGCGUCUCGGUGUUUUCCUUCUGCCUGAAGACCCACCCGGAGAUGAGGGUGAAGUGCGAGAACAUCAAGUACCCAGAGGACAACUGCACGGAGCCCCAUCCCUACUUUCUCACCGUGGAUCACUUCUGUAACGCCUGGUUCACCUUCGAGCUCUCCGUGAGGCUAAUAGUUGCUCCAAACAUAAUCGAGUUCCUCAGAUCCCCAGUGAACAUCAUAGACUUUACAGCCACGCUAAGCUUUUACAUUGACAUGAUCCUGAUAUUCGAGAAGAAGUCCCAACUGCUGGAUUUCUUCAGCAUAAUCAGGAUCCUGCGACUGUUCAAGUUAACGAGGCAUUCUCCGGGAUUGAAGAUCCUUAUACACACGUUCAAGGCUUCGGCCAAGGAACUGGGUCUGCUGGUGUUCUUCCUCAUACUGGGCAUAGUCGUUUUCGCCAGCUUGGUGUACUACGCCGAAAAGAUGCAGGAUAACAAGGAUAACAGCUUCAAGAGUAUACCUGAAGGACUAUGGUGGGCUAUCGUUACAAUGACCACAGUAGGUUAUGGCGAUAUGGCACCCAAGACGUACGCGGGGAUGGUUGUUGGAGCGCUUUGUGCCCUUGCAGGAGUGUUGACUAUUGCCCUACCUGUGCCAGUGAUAGUUUCCAAUUUUUCCAUGUUUUAUUCACACACUCAGGCAAGAGCUAAGCUGCCGAAGCAGAGAAGAAGCGUUUUACCAGUGGAACAACCACGUAGAAAGAAAAAGGAAGACGCGACCAAUAGAAGAAUGAACGCCAUCAAACACCCCCCAGCCGUGUUUAAAGACGCCUUUGGCAGCGCCAAAUUAGGCAAUGUAAAUGGAGUCAAUGUGAUAGGACUGGCCCUACAAGGACCUUCAAUGCCAAGUAUUGCUGUCCUUCAGCACAACGGGCCGUACAGUUUACAGUCUCCCCAAGAAAUGAGUGUCACUUCCGGAUUAGUAACCGUCCCCCUGCAACCCCGCCCCGCCACCACCGGCAGCGUGGACGUCUUGCCCCUCCAGCCCAGAUACCUCCCCGCCUUCGACCGGGAGUUCCGCUCCGAACCGCGAGACGUCACCCCCAAAGACCAGGAAGGACACAACCCCCCCAAACCCGACCAGAUCACUCUCCGUUACUUACCCGAUCUGAGCCCCGCUAAGCUAACCGACACGGAGAUAGGUCUGGCCAGCGUGCCGGCCAUGGCGAUCGGUAGCUCCACGGAGGUGUUGGUUAGCAUCGUGGAGAAUCAGGCGAGGUUGAGGAAAAACUCUUUUCUUUCAGCGUGUUCUAGGGAGGCGAGGGAGGGGGAGGAGGGGGAGGUAAAGUCGCCCGAUAUGGAGAACGUGAAGUCGCCCAGUACGGAAUUCACAACUUCCACGGUGCAUUCAACGCCGGUGGAUGAGUUUAGCUGCCAUCUAGACCCCAAUGAUAAUGAGAAAGUUUGUGAUACCAAUUUCUGUUAUGAUGUGAACAAAUAUACCGUGUAAAUGUGGUUAGGUUCAUUUGUUGCCAGAGCAGUAAAUAAAAAAAAUAUUAGAAGUAAAAAAAUAAUUUAAUUAAUGAUGAUUGUGGCGCCAACACUGACAAUUUGAGAAGUGUGCCUCAAGGAGCUGUUUUAGGGCCACUUUCACUCUGGGUCAUAUUUAUACGAAGAUUUCCUUUGACUACCAGAAGUUUGUUUUUCUAAUUCCGUCGUUAAAAUUGACUUCUUUUAAACCAUUUUUUAUGAUUUUCAUACUCUACCUGUGAAUAGACUAGUGUACCUCAAAUUGGGAGCUACGGGAUGCAUUGUUUGCCAAAUUUUUACUUUCUAUAUUCCAUAUACACGCGUGUUCAUUAUUCACAGAGAAAUUUAACAGUGAAGACACACAAACACUCAGUACAAUCACUAAACACUAAUAUAAACAACUUUAUAAGGUUGUAUACUUAUUCUGCCAUUCUCGUUCCACCGAAUUAACGUUGGCCGUUUGUUUUUUGC